GGUCUUCCCUCAACGCAGGACCGUAUAAAUAGACUCAAAUAGGCGCAAAGCAGUCGCCUCGGAACGGGACCGGAAUACCGGCGUGUACUGGUACUGCUUUAAGAGGACUAUAACUGCUCAUAAACAGCUCAUAGGUGUCGGAAGCUGAAGUCUAAAAUCACGCACGUUUUUGGAUCUAUAACUGUAUGUCUAUAGGCUAUAAGAUCGUGGAUUAGUGCAUAUACUACAAGGACACAUACAGCAACCACUCAAUACAUGCCGAAACCGGGGGAUCUUCAGGAAUCGCGGAGCUUUGAGGUUUUCGCCACAAUAAUCGGCUCUCGAAUGGACCCGCAGCCGAGCGCGCCCCCGAUGAACCUGCACAUUCACUCCACUACGGGCACGCGCUUCGAGCUCUGCCUCCCCGCCGAGGAGACCGUAGAGGGGCUCAAGAGGAGGCUGUCUCAGAGGCUCAAGGUGCCCAAAGAGAGACUUGCGCUUCUGCACAAAGAGACGCGCCUGAGUUCAGGGAAGCUUCAGGACUUGGGCAUUACAGAUGGGAGCAAAUUAACUCUUGUACCGACAGUCGAAGCAGGUCUAAUGUCUCAAGCAUCAAGACCUGAGCAGUCAGUCAUGCAGGCUUUGGAGAGUCUAACUGAAACGCAGGUCAGCGACUUCCUGUCUGGCCGCUCUCCACUGACCCUGGCCCUGCGCGUGGGUGAUCAUAUGAUGUUUGUCCAGCUGCAGUUGGCAGCACAGCACUCGGGCAACCAGCAUUCGCAACACCGGCAUCUCGUCACACGUAGUAGCUCUGAUGGUACAACAGGACAUUCAGCAGGUGCUGCAGCCAUUACUGGAACCCAGAACCGGGUAUCUCACAACCCCCACCAACACCAACACACACACCAUCUGCAAACAACGCUUCCACCCAGCCCUGUGAGCCCUACACCUUUUCCUCCUUCUUCUCCUUCUGGCCACUCUAUGCCCCCUAUGUAUCCCACCUCAACGUCCAGGCACUGCAGUACCCCACCCCGCUCCUCGCAUCUCCCAGAAGGUAUCUUCCGAUCUCAGCAGCCGCUGUCGCCCUGUCAAAGCGGCUCUAGCCCUGCUGGCCCCUGUCCAGAGACAAACUGCACCACAAAGGCUAUGGGCAACUGCAGCGGACCGUCCCGUUCUCGUAAACCAGGUGCUAUCAUUGAAAGUUUCGUCAACCAUGCUCCUGGAGUCUUCUCUGGGACGUUUUCAGGCACUUUGCACCCAAACUGUCAGGACAGCAGCGGGCGGCCACGGCGUGAUAUCAGCACCAUUUUGCAGAUCUUGAAUGACCUGCUGAGCGCCACACGCCACUACCAGGGCAUGCCCGCCUCUCUCACGCAGCUCCGCUACCAGACACAGUGCGGUGGUGGGGCAUCUCCGGCGCCCUCGCCACCGCCUUCACCUCCAGCCACAACCGAGCUCGCCAGCCUCUCCUCCAAAGCUACCUCUGUGCCGUCUGUGAGCCAGGCACCUCUCCACCCACUGGUGCAGUGCCAGAGCCAGGUCCGAAUGUGCAAACCUCCUGGUGACCGACUGAGGCAGACAGAGAACCGAGCAACACGCUGUAAAGUGGAGAGGCUGCAGCUGCUCAUGCAGCAGAAGCGGCUAAGGCGGAAGGCUCGGAGGGACUCCCGUGCUCCCUACCAGUGGCUCCCCAACCGCAAGGCCGGACGCAGCAACAGCAACAGCAGCAUGUCCAGCGAAGGCUCACUCGACCUGGACUUCGACGACUCGGUAUGGAAACCUGAUGUCAAGGCUGACAUGAAGUCCGAGUUCAUCAUGGCCUGAAACAACGUCUUAACCGAGGAGCGGCGACGGAGUUAGCUUUUAUGUACAGCAACAGGAAUAAUGUGAGACUGUAAGGCUGGUGUUGACUGAGAAAAAACCCACAAGCAUCAUACGCUUCCCAGCAAACAGACUUGUUUCACAAAGGAAGUUAAACUGACCUUUACCAUGUAUCCCUGUCAGCCUAUGAUUACGAAAAUGGACUGAAAAAACUGUCACAAGAAGUAAAAGCAAGAAAGAAGCAUAGCAGACUUCAAUGGUUUAGGGUAUUUUCUUUUUCUUUCUCCUUUCCCAAGGAGAACACAGGGAUGGAAAUCCAUCCAGGGCAAAUGCAGCUAUCACAAAUCCAGAAAACCCAUGUUUUUUUUUCUUUUUUUCUUUUCUUCCCACAGGGGCAUUCACAAUUUACGAGCCAUGAAGCAGAUCUUGAAUGGGGAUGAUUUGUUUUUUGUUUAUGCUUUUAUUACUAUUAAUCAAUUUACUAUUUUGAAACAAAUAUGUAGCAUUACCCACAUAGCAUUCAGGUUUCUAAUCUUAUGGAUGAGGAGGUUUUAUUUGCACAUAUCUUUGAUUUUCAACACAAGGUCAAUACAUGAAAUGGUACCGUGCAUGUUGAGCCUCACAAAGCUUUUUAAAUGCAGCUUGGUGUAGUGACAGGUUUAAAGAGGGAACCACAAAAGCAAAACACGAAUUGUAAAGACAGUCAGAUAUCAUAUUUAAUCGAGUUCCGUUCAAAUCUGACAUGGCUAGUUAAACAUCCAGAGUUUCUUUUACAUUGCUUAGUGCAUUUACCACAAUAGUGUCCAGCAAAAUCUCUUAUUGUCUGUCUGCACUCAUGAGAAAAUUGCUGAUUAACAUAUCCUCAAAGCAUUUGAGCCCAUCCUUCCACUUGAGAAGUCUCCUGUCUUGUCUAUGUGAUGGUAGUCUCUUGAGAAAACCUUUUGCAAAUUGCUCUUAAGUGAUGGCCUACUUAAAUUACCCUUGUUUAAGCCCCUCAUUCUGUCUUGUUAGAUGGAAAAACAGGAGAACAAUAGGCCUACAGCCGCCAUCUUCCCCUGCUCGAUAGUGCCUCACGGGUAGAUGCACUAACAUCCAAUUAGGCCUUCCACAGACCCACAGGUCUGCUGCUACACGAGACUUUACUUUGCAUGCAGAUGUGUGAA